AUGCUAGGCUUGGGAGUCAACAACCGUCUUAAAGCACGGCCAUCACUGCUGGAUCUGAUAGCCAGUCGCGGCGUGGACGAGGAGCUCCCAUCUGUAACCGUCGACGUCUCAUCACCGCCCGGACCUGCCAACCUGCCACCGCUCCCGGACUCGCCCACUUCGACGACCUCCAGUUGGAGCUACAGCAUCAGCAAUAACAACACUAAUUCUACUAUCGAACAUCGUGUUCCUUCUCUACCAAUUCCCUCUAUCCGCAUCCCCGCUUCACACACCAUGGCGCCUGCAAAGGAUGCGAAUGAUGGAGAACGUGGCGCUGUCUUCUCCGUCUCCGGAUCGGUCGUCGUGGCCGAGAAUAUGAUCGGAUGUGCUAUGUAUGAGUUGUGCCAUGUAGGAACUGGUCAGCUCGUCGGAGAAGUCAUCCGUGUCGAUGGAGAUAAGGUCACCAUCCAGGUCUACGAGGAAACCGCGGGCUUGGCUGUCGGUGACCCUGUGUACAGAACCGGCAAGCCUCUUUCGGUCGAGCUUGGCCCCGGUCUGAUGGAAACGAUUUACGAUGGUAUUCAGCGUCCUCUCAAGCAGAUUCACUCAGAGUCCGGUUCGAUCUACAUCCCCAGUGGUAUUCGGGUAAAUGCGUUGGAUCGUGAAAAGAAGUGGGACUUCACGCCUACGAUGAAGGUCGGCGACCACAUUACCGGAGGUGACAUCUGGGGUACCGUCUUUGAGAACAGCUUGGUGAACCAACAUAAGAUCCUGCUUCCACCCCGCGCCAGGGGUACCAUCACCCGGAUAGCCGAGGCUGGAAGCUAUACGGUGGAGGAGAAGCUCCUGGAAAUCGAGUUCGAUGGUAAGAAGACAGAGCACGCCAUGAUGCAAGUUUGGCCAGUGCGUGUGCCUAGACCGGUCAACGACAGACUGUCAUCCGACUCGCCCUUCGUUGUCGGACAGAGAGUGCUUGACUCUCUCUUCCCUAGUGUCCAGGGUGGUACUGUCUGCAUUCCCGGUGCUUUCGGAUGCGGCAAGACUGUCAUUUCCCAGAGUGUGUCCAAGUUCUCCAACAGUGAUAUUAUCGUCUAUGUCGGAUGUGGUGAGCGCGGUAAUGAGAUGGCUGAAGUCCUGAUGGAUUUCCCCGAGCUUUCUAUCGAAGUCGAAGGCCGCAAAGAACCCAUCAUGAAGCGUACUUGUUUGAUCGCCAACACAUCCAACAUGCCUGUCGCUGCUCGUGAAGCGUCUAUUUACACCGGCAUCACCAUCGCCGAAUACUUCCGUGAUCAGGGCAAGAACGUGGCCAUGAUGGCAGACUCCAGCUCGCGGUGGGCAGAGGCAUUGCGUGAAAUUUCUGGUCGUCUGGGAGAGAUGCCCGCUGAUCAGGGUUUCCCCGCGUACCUGGGAGCCAAGCUGGCCUCCUUCUACGAACGUGCGGGUAAGAGUACUGCUCUGGGCAGCCCUGAAAGAAAUGGCAGUGUCAGUAUUGUCGCUGCCGUUAGUCCUCCUGGUGGUGACUUCUCCGACCCUGUCACUAGCGCUACUCUGGGUAUUGUGCAAGUGUUCUGGGGUCUCGACAAGAAGCUGGCCCAGCGGAAGCAUUUCCCCUCCAUCAAUACCUCUAUGUCCUACAGUAAAUACACGACAGUGCUCGAUAAGUUCUACGAGAAAGACCACCCCGAGUUCCCUCGGCUGCGUGAGAGUGUUCGAGAGCUGCUUACCAAGUCGGAGGAUCUGGACCAAGUCGUGCAGUUGGUUGGUAAGGCCGCAUUGGGUGACUCGGAUAAGAUUACGCUGGACGUGGCAGCUAUGGUGAAGGACGAUUUCUUGCAGCAGAACGGUUACAGUGACUACGAUCAAUUCUGCCCGCUGUGGAAGACCGAGUACAUGAUGAAGGCAUUCAUGGGCUUCCAUGACGAGGCUCAGAAGGCAGUUGCCCAGGGUCAGAACUGGUCCAAGGUCCGUGACGCAACCGGUGAUAUCCAGACCUCCCUGCGGAGUAUGAAGUUCGAGCUUCCUGAGAACCGAGAAGAAGUUACAGAUAAGUACGAGAAGGUCCUGCAGUCCAUGACGGAACGCUUCGCCUCGGUGUCGGAUGUGUAA